UACAAGUCUGAAAGCUGUUGGAAGGCUCUGGGGUCGAGAAGUGAUCCAACAAUACAAGUGGACUUUUAGAGGGCUCAGGUUCUGCGAAACGCUUCGCACCGCAGCACGCACAGUUUCCAACCUUAUGCUUCGACGGCAUCAAAUUCCCCAGCGACGCUUGAUUGAGGACUCGGCAAAUCCUAUCAGUCACGCAGAUUUGGAGAACCUAGCGGCCUGGGACCACACAGAGACCUUCGUCAUCAAGGGCGACACUGAAGAGGUAGUCCUGCACUGCCGACCACUGACGAUGAAAGACUUGCCGGACGGUUUCGGGUUCGACAAGUUCGGUCUCAUAGUGCGGAUCGCACAUGCCGUCACUCCCGGAACUGGAACUAGCAGCAUCGACAGCGUGGGUUCGUACAAACUCGCAGUCGAGGGAACCAACCAACCAGGCUCGGCGGAAGCCAGUGCUGACGACAGCAGCGACGAUGCGACGAGCUCUGCACAGCCAGCUACCGACACCACCGAUACUUCCUCUUCUACCAAUUCCACUGACUUCUCCUCCCCUGACGAUGUUUCCGCCACUGCCUUUUCUCUCCCCGGAGACACCACCAAGGAAAUGCCACGGGGACGCCCUGAAAAUACUACCGCAAGGGGUAGCAACGACGACGACGGCACCUCAGGCGACUUGGCAGGACCCGUUGGAAGGUAACUCCGCCAACGCACAAACAUGCCAUCCUACCGCGAGACGCCGAACAGUGGAUGUCAUGCCAAAUCUACGCCUCGCCAAUCCAGACUAUCCAACAUCGAAAGUCUACUUCGGAAGCGAUGCUGCCCAGAAGUACCGGAUUCGCUCUUGAGGCUGCUGGAUCGCCCGUCUGACCUCCUUGUGGGGUCUGCAGAGCAAUUCGAUUCUCAGAAACUAUGUUAUUCGCAUCUCCAGAGGUUCACCAAGGCACUGUUGACUAUGGCAUCUAAGAGGCACUCUGUGGAGCC